AUGGGUUAUCAUACUGAAUAUGACAUCAUCUCAAAUGGGACGAUAGCUCAGUUGGGAGAGCGUGCGACUGAAGUUCGCAAGGUCGCUGGUUCAAUCCCGGCUCGUCCCAUUUCCUUUUUUUUUUCACUGCCAUAUCCAUCCAUAGAGUCUAAUGGUGCUACAGUCAUCAUCCCAAAUGGGACGAUAGCUCAGUUGGGAGAGCGUGCGACUGAAGUUCGCAAGGUCGCUGGUUCAAUCCCGGCUCGUCCCAUUAUCGUUUUGUUUCGAUUGUACUAA